AAAAAUGGUUUCCACCAGAGCCAAGUCGGGCAAGAAGGCCACUACAAGUGGUGAAGGCACAUCUGCGCAUUCUGCAGAGAAAAAAAAAAGGAGAGGCCAUCAAAAGCUAAAAGGGCAACCAUGGAGCUUGUUGUGGGCAGAUGUUACCCAGUUCAUCUGCACACCACAAUGUGUGUUUCAGAGUUGCCGAAGACUGCGGGUAGAAUUCAAACAGCUGACCCCGCAUUACGUGGUGUAAUGUCCGAUGAAUAGAUGGCACUUCUGAAGACCACUCCAUUCUUUUCUUAUCUCGACUUGCCUCCAAUUAAACAAGAUCUUGUGUUAGUCGAUUACCUCCUCAGUUUUUGGGACGAAGAGAGAAGAGGUAUUAGAAUUGAAGAAACAUUUCUUCCCUUUUGUCUAGAGAAAAUAUCCAUUUUGGUGAGGCUGCCAGCAGAGGGGGAACCAAUAGAAUGGCAAAGCAAGAGUGUAAAGUCGAGCACUCUUGAUAAAUAUUUCGAUGGUGACUAUCGGCAUGCUGAUAGGUCGAAAUUAAGACAUAUUUUGUACAGUAUUGCUUGUCAAAAUGGAGAGGAGAUGGCAGCUGAUUUUGCGCGUAUAUUUAUAUUAUACGUAUUUGCGACAGUCCUUUUUCCGACCAGCCACUACAAUGUGUCGAAGGCGAUAUAUAGAUAUAUAGAUGAUGUGCAUAGAAUAGAUGAAUAUGCCUUGGGCCAUGCUGUAUGUAAUUAUCUUGUCAGUUCGAUCUCCAGAGCAUCCCCGCGUGUGAAGCAUCGGAAUAGCGGCCAAGAAAGACUUGCCGGCUAUAUUGACGGAUAUACAAUAGCAUUUUUAUUAAAGUUGGGCUUAUAAGCAUAUAAAGGGGUUAGGUACUUCCGACGAAGACAAGGCUGUCCUUCGGAUGAGAAAAUGGAAGGGUUCAAAAGCAUAUCGGUGUUACGAGAAGCUUCUAACAAAGCUGCCGAGUUAUACUCCUGCAGAGGUUGUACCCACAUUUACUUACCGCCCUAAUGAUAUGUCUAUAUUGAAGCCCACGUUACGUGGCAGCCGACCGGAACAGGCAGCGGCCCCCGCGGCAACAACUGCUGCCGGUGAAAGUAGCAAUAAUAUCAGCUCCUUAUUGAAUCAAUUGGAGCAAGCUCUUAAUAAACUACAAGAUCGGAAUAAGAUGUUGGAGGGGGAGAAUGCAAUGCUAAAAGAAAAAAAUGCAAAGCUUGAAGCGCAACUAUCUAGCGCUAGUACAGCCGCUGCUGCAGAAGGCGGAGCCGAAGCCGGUGUUGAUCCACAUCAAGGUGGCCAAGGCGCAGCGGUUGAAGAAAGCAGCCAACAGAGAGUUGAUGUUGGCGAGACUGUAAUAAGGGACAUUCCUUCAAGAAUUCAACGAAUUAAACAUCGUGCAAGGAAAGAAAAGAGAAUGUCUCCUGAUUUUACGCCGGGCGAACGUCCUUUGACCCGGCACUAUAGACGAAAGCAGCAUCAUUCUUUGAAGAUCGGGGGGGCUGAAGCUAGUGAAGAGGCAUCAGAUACUGCGACAGGGACCAUUGCUGAGGUCCUUCUGGAAAUUAAAGCUGAACAUGGACACUCAGAUAGUGCAAAACAAGCCGUUGAGAUUGAUGAUAUCCCUGUACCGGAUCAGGAGCCUGGGGUCAUUAUUGAGCGUCGUCGCAAGUAUCCCGGAAGAGAUAAAAUUCCCAAAGUGGAGCAGGACGCAAUAGAUUUUCUAAUUUCCCGACCUAUAACAAAGGGACCCAUAUGGCAAGAUAAUACAAAAGGGUCAGAUUCACCUUCUGUUAGUGGUCAAGUCCUCAAUGAAUACUUAUUUGGAGGCCCGACGCGCGACGAGGUGAUUAAUGUAUAUUUCCAUAUAAUUAAUAAGCUCGAUUGCUGUGGUGUACAUAAAUUUAGUCAACCGGGUAUUUUCUUGCGAACUGAAGUUGCGAUGCACGUACUCAAUAAGAUGCAGGGAUAUGGAAAGAAUAAUCUAGUAACAGCUGAUUUUGUGAAGGAUGUCGCAUUUGGAUCCGCAUCUAUACGUCACUUUCUGGAUAAAAUAAAUACACAAACCUGCAACACUUGUAGAUAUGUACUUAUUCCGUUACAUAGUAAUUGGCAUUGGCAUUUGCUAUCGAUUGAUUUGAAGGAACGACGUUUUGAGAGUUGGAACUCUUUGUGGAGCCACAGCGGGGCACAGGACGCGGCACAGCUGCUGGCGAAAUGGUUUACGUCCUAUUUUGAGCACAUCCUCCAAAUCCCUGUCGGCGCUUCUGACGUCAUAUUUCAUAAGGAAUGUCAACAACAGGGUUCCAUCGAAGUUGAUUGUGGCAUGUACACAUGCCUUUUUGCUGAAAGAAUCGUAAGAAACGGCCUCCCCGAUCUAUCAUUGUACGAUAAUGACCCCCCCUCCUUCCGUGCUCAUAUGAUCAGUGCGAUCUUAAAGGAUCCAUGUUGUUUGACCUAUACUUCUAUGAUUGAGUGCAUAGUCGCAAAAGAUGAUGUCUGAAUGUUAUAGGAUUUUGCAAUUAUUACUGGUACUGUACAGUGUGUUUAUAUAUUAUUGUGCAAUUGUGAAUUGUACUGGGCAAUUUGUAUAUAUAUGAUUGUGAAUGUACAAUUGU